AUGCUUGUGUCUACCAUCGAACAACUUCAAGUAAUGGCUUCAAAAAAACAAUAUAAAGAGGCUUCUGCACAGCAAGAGGUUGUCAGCCAGUUAUGUAGUCAUUUUGAUGGUUACAGAGAUAAUCCAAAGAUCACAGAGCUAAGAGAUAAGUUCAAGAACAUCAAACAAAUUCUCAAGUCUCAUGUGUAUUCUGAUUUCUCUAGCUUAGGUACAGGGAAAGAGAGAGAGGAAAGCAGUUUCUUGCAGCACUUAACAGAUGCUUGUUUAGUUGUUGAUGUACUUGAUCCAUCAGUGAGAGAAGAGUUAGUGAAGAAAUUUUGUGAUAGGGAACUUAUUUCUUAUCAGCAGAUAUUUGAAGGAGCUGAUCUAGCAAAGUUGGAUAAAACAGAGAGGAGAUAUGCUUGGGUGAAACGUCGUUUAAGAACAAAUGAGGAGAUAUGGAAAAUCUUUCCAACCUCAUUGCAUGUUGAUUAUCUGCUAUGUAUCCAGUUCUGUAAAUUGACCAGGUCACAACUUGAGGACAUACUUGAAAACCUGAAAGAGAAGCCAGAUGUGGGAACACUGCUGAUGGGAACCAAAAGUGAGGGGUCAGGGGCGAAAUUAAUGCUUAAUGAAACAUUUACGACUUUGCCACUUGAACCUGCACUUUCAACAGUUCCUUUGGAUUACAAAAAUAACAUCAUUCCAUUAAAGAGGGGUAUGAUUCUCAUCACAUCAUUGAAGAACAUAUAGGUGGCAAAAUAAUAUCACGUUCUGUUCUUCUUUUGCCUUUGAAACUGCUAGAGAUGCUGGAGCCCUUAGAGAACCUAAGGACAAACUAGAGAAGUGAGUUGAAGAGUUGACGUGGAGAUUAGACUUUGAAAAGCAUUUGAGGGUAUAUUUUUUAUAUUUCUUGUAUCUAAUUAGUUUGUAAAUUUUUGUUACAACUAUUGAUUUGUUUUAUCUUUCCAUGGA